AUGGCAGAGCCUGCCCCAAAUCCUCGUCCUGCAAUGGUCGUUGCCUUUGAGGACUCCUUGGAUGAUAGCGAGGCGCAGUGGCCACCACGCCAUGCACUGGCAUCCCUGUUGGAGGAACAUUUCUACGUCAGGAAAAAUCUGAGGGAAGGCGGCAGGAUGUUGACGUGGCCAAAGCCUGAGCUUACAGGGUUAGCGACCCUUCAAGCCUUGAGCUUGAACCGUAUGGCCAUUUCCGAUGCGUUGCAAAUUUGGGGCUCCCACUCCAAAGAGGAGGUGAAAUCUCCCCCGGUGGAGUGGCUUAAGGAUGAGGUGAAGCAGCUUUAUGUUUUGAUGAACGUUGAGCCGAAGCCCAUGAGUGUGUACAUUGACGCAUGGGGCACCAAGCGAUUGGACCCUUUGUUGCACCAGCUGAUGGAUCGGAUGACCGAUCACUGGGGCCAUUUGGCUCCUCUUGAACCAGCCCCGGCGCAAGAACCAGCGCCGGAGCAAGUUGAGGCACCGUCCAGCGCUGCUGAAGCUGAGGAACCUUCAGCUGAUGAUGCCCCAGAGUCCCCAUGCAUGGUGGCUGCAUCCCGAGCCCUUUUGCAAGCGGAGCGUGAGGCAAUUUUGCAACUUGGCUGCAUCUUGGUGUGUCUUGCCACAUGUGGCAAGUGA